AAGUGAUUAAUAGUGUCCCAGCUUUACAGAUUUCAGAUGAAGAAACUAAUGAAAUUCCAUUUCCUGAUAUGGGAUUUUACGCUAUGUUUCCAUUCAAUAUAGAAUGUCAAUUUGAUAAAUUUGAUAAUUAUGAUAAUGAAAUCGAUAAAAUAGAAAUAGAUGAGAGUUGUAACAAUUUUUUAGUACAACCACAAAUGAUAGACGAUGGAUAUUUUGGAUAUUUUUUAAAUAAUAAUAAUUUAAAUUUUACAAGGAUCAACAAUCAAAUGAUUGAAAUACAUUUAUUAGCCAACACAUCUGAUAAUGAGUCGAUAAGCUUUUCCCUUGUUGAUUCUGAAAAUAAUCCCUUAAAAUUUAAAGAUGGUAACGUUGACUUAGAACCAAUUAAAAACUUUAUUCAAAUUAGAGAACUAAUCGCAAAUAAUGAAUAUGAGAUUGUCAAAAACCAGGUUUCACUUGUAGGAUUGACUAGAAAUAAAAGGAAAAUAAUUCAUCCAAAAUUCAGUGGUAUUCUUGGAGUCAGACCAUCUUAUAAAACCCAACCUCGUAUUAUAUCCACAAUUCAGAGCAUCUCCAUUCCUGUUGAACCAAGUACUAAUUAUUUCAGUAGAAUUGAAUUAACCGUAAAAAGUUUCCGUAUGCAAGUGGAGACUGAACAAAGAACACGAACUUUACUCGGUGUAUUUGGUCUAGUGGGCGGUGCUUGGGGUUUGGCUUCGGCAUUAUAUGCGACUUCAUUUGGCGUAGAUACGAUUCGUCCUUGGGGUUGUUUGCAGUAUUAUUGUGGAUUAAGACAUAGAACUCAUAAUAAAUUUAAAAAAACAAUUCCAGUACUACCAUUAAUCAAUACUUCUUCCUCAAUGACGGAGUUAGAUUCUUAUGCCUCAGAUUUUAAAGAAUUACGUGAUCGUUUAAUUUCUCUUGAAAUAUUCUUAAAGGAAUAUGUUGUUGAUAUAAAGUUUUUGGAAAUAUCAGAGAAAAUGGAUCAAAAUGAUAGGAACGAUAACAUAUAA